AGUGGGGCGGGUCAUGUUGGAGGGUAUGUAGGUAUUAGGUUAGGAUUGUGGACAAGCGCAGGGCCGCAGGCGCACUCCCGCCUCUCUCUCGACACUGCAGCGCGGGCACAAUAUCUACCGCUCGUGUGCACCCGCGCGCUUUGCCGUGCACUGCGCGUGUCUUCCCACAGACACAGACAGACAGCCAGCGUCACUCUCGCGGGAGACGGGACUCGGCAGCUGCACUAGCAUUGUCGGCGCCUUGGACAGAGACGGUCGCCCCUGCUGCCUCCUCCCAUCUGAUGCUGCGGUUCUAGAAAAGACGACGCUUUCAGCAUCAGAUGAGCUCCUGCUGAAGAACACCAGGGUUGGGUGACUCUGAAAAGACUGGCGACACCCUUCUUAAAUAUAACUUGCAAGUGUAAAUUCUGUUGCCUCAUUCAUCCACAUCUUCUGGAAGUAAAAUAAUAUGAACUCCUAUUGUUCGUUCCUUGUUUAUUUUUUCGUUCUGGGAAGAGAGAAUUGGAAACUGGUUUAGCGAGCAGCAGCAAUUUGCAGGUUGCAAAUUACACGCAGGGGAGCUCACCCCCCCCCCCCCCCACCCCCCCUUCCCCACUGAAGCCUGUGGAAGAAAAUAAAGAAUAUCCUUUUGUCUGCUACCUGAAAGACGUUGGUGACAUCACCAGUGACUCAGUGUCUGAUGAAAUUAUUAUAUUAGUCAAGGCCAUCUGACUACACCCCAGAUAGCAGUCUCCUGCACUGAGCAACAGCAACCGUAUAAAGCUUUCAGCAUGCUUGCUGGGAUGGAGGAAUUGCUGCUGCUACCCGGAGAGGUGGUUAAAGAUAUGGCCAAAGAUAUUACUUACUUCUGUCCAUUCACUGGAGCUAUCCGGGGAAGUUUCACAGUUACCAACUUCAGACUGUAUUUCAAGUGUUUGGAACGGGAUCGCCACUUAAUAUUGGACGCCCCUCUUGGAGUAAUAAGUCGAAUCGAAAAGAUUGGAGGAGCUGCCAUGCGCGGAGAAAAUUCCCAAGGUGUAGACAUCGUGUGCAAGGACAUGAGAAAUAUGAGAUUUGUCUUCAAGCAAGAUGGACGCACUCCAAAAACAGUGUUUGAAAGCCUCAUGGUUUAUGCCUUCCCUUUAAACCACAAUUUGCCUCUCUUUGCUUUCGAAUACAAAGAAGUGUUCCCCAAAGAUGGCUGGAAAGUAUAUGACCCCAUCACAGAAUACAAAAGGCAGGGAGUGCCUAAUGAAAGUUGGAGAAUUACGAGGUUGAAUGACCGCUAUGAGCUGUGUGACACCUAUCCGUCAACCCUUGUCGUUCCGGUCAACAUGUCGGAUGAUGAAUUAAGGAGGGUGGCUGCGUUCAGAGCAAAUGAUCGAAUUCCUGUUUUAUCCUGGAUUCACCCGGAGAGUCAGGCUACCAUCAUACGCUGCAGCCAGCCCUUGCUGGGGGUGAAUGUGAAGAGGUGUAAGGAGGAUGAGAAGUACCUACAGUCUGUCAUGGAUGCCAACGCACAGUCCCACAAAAUCUUUAUCUUUGAUGCAAGACCUAGCGUCAAUGCUGUGGCAAAUAAGGCUAAGGGUGGAGGGUUUGAGAGCGAGGAUGCGUACCAGAAUGCAGAGCUGAUCUUCCUGGACAUCCACAACAUCCAUGUUAUGAGGGAAUCUCUGAGGAAGCUGAAGGAGAUCUCCUAUCCCAUCAUUCAGGAAUCUCACUGGCUGUCUAACCUGGAGUCCACCCACUGGCUAGAGCAUAUUAAGUUCAUUCUUGCUGGUGCUUUGAGAAUCGUAGACAAAGUGGAAUCGGGAAAGACUUCUGUAGUUGUCCAUUGCAGCGAUGGCUGGGACCGCACUGCGCAGCUUACGUCCCUUGCCAUGCUCAUGCUUGAUGGCUACUAUCGGACCAUCCAAGGGUUUGAGGUGCUGGUGGAGAAGGAGUGGCUGAGCUUCGGGCACAAGUUCUACACUAGGAUUGGCCACGGUGACAAGAACCAUGCGGACGCUGACAGAUCCCCAGUGUUCCUGCAGUUUAUUGACUGUGUUUGGCAGAUGACGAGACAGUUCCCUCAUGCAUUUGAAUUUAAUGAGCAUUUUCUCCUGACUAUUCUGGAUCACCUGUACAGCUGUUUGUUUGGGACGUUCCUUUGUAACAGCGAGCAGCAGAGAGUACAGGAGUCUCUGCCACAAGAGUCUGUCUCUGUGUGGUCCUAUGUCAACAGCCAGCUUGAAGAUUUCACCAAUCCUUUGUUUGUGGACUACUCCGAACAUGUCCUGUAUCCCGUGACCAGCACGAGGCACCUGCAGUUGUGGACAGAAUACUAUAUAAGGUGGAACCCAAGGACUAAAUCACAGGACGCUACCAACAGCCGCUGUAAGGACUUACUUGCCAAGCGCGCAGAGCUACAGAAAAAACUGGACGAACUUCAGCAAGAGCUGAGCAGUCGCUCCCUGUCCUCUGAGAGAGGAGGGUCUGUGCCGUCCGUCACUCAGACAGUUGUGUAAUUUAUAAUGACAGGCGUAUGGUAUUUAAUUUUAUUUAAAAAAAAAAAAAAAAGAUCUACAGUCUUAAACAAGGUGGUGAAUUUAACUUGUGGUGUGAUAAACAAACCAUGAAAGAUUAGAUUGCUAUAGCUAUUAUAAAAUUAAUUUAUACAUACAUACAUAUAUACAUACAUACAUACACACAUACAAAUAAAUAUAAAAAACAAUGCAAUAUAAACAUUGCUAAUAUUCUGAGAAACACUACUGAUUACAGGUGCAUACUCACUGGCGGAGCCUCCUGUACUGUAUGUUCAGACCUCAGAGUAUUGAUCUGUUGAGGUCUGAACAUAUGACUGUACAUUACACUGACUUAAAUUAUAAUAUAGAUCAUGGUUGCAGCUUGAUUCAUUAUUGUGAUCUGUUCCAAACUAGAAUGCAGAGCAGUGCUGGAUUGUGUCGUCCUAGUGAUCAUUAUAUGGUAUCACGGCUCCAUAACAGCCAGUGGGAGCUUCCUAUUCACAUUGUAUGAUUGCUGCUGCGUAUUUCUUUGAUUUAUUCACUUAGACAAUGAUGGGGUUUAAAAAUUAACUUCAAGUCAAGUUAUAAAAAUCGACAUAUUAAAACAGGGGUGGCCAGACUUUGAGUCUCUGAUCUACUUUUAAAGCUGAAAAGCUUUUGUGAUCUAACUAGGCGGGAUAAUGCCACUUGUGCCCCCACAGUGCCAGAUACACAUGCCCCCACAGUGCCACAUAUGCCCCCACAGUGCCAUUAAUCUACUUUAACUUACUUUAGCUGACUGUCUGCCCGCCAGCUGGCUGGAUCCCCACUGUCAUGUGCCUGCUCCCGCUUCCCGCCGCUACUGCUGUCGCCGGCGCUGCUCCUUGCAUCGUGUUCUCAAUCGGACAUUGCACGGGUGCGCGGCUGACGUCAUCCGUGCAAUGCAUCAUUGAGAACGCUCCGGGCAGGAGGCGGCAAGUCACACUUGGAUCGCGAUCUACCGGUAGAUCACGAUUGACGUUUUGACCGCCUCUGACUUAAAAUAUCCGUUAUCAGACAGUUAUUUUCUGUGUCACUUCGUAAGAUGAGCCCAAUGGCCCCCUGGUCUUCCUUCUAUAAGAAAUGCAAAAUGAAAUAUAAGUGAGUGGAUUUCUUUAGUAGGGAACGGCUUCACUUUAGGACCUUGUAAUAUUAAUAACUAUAAGACCAGGGUCUGCGGUUGUAGAACAUAUCCUGAUUGCGCAGUGGCCCUCAUUCCGAGUUGAUCGCUCAUUUUUUCGGUCGCACAACAUAUUCGCAAAGUUGCGUUAGUGUAUUAAAUUUGCGAACAUCCGCCCCCAACGUAUUUUUGCACAUUCGUACGCAGUAUUACACAAAGUGGGCGUACGCCAAAUGACAUCGCAGUAAUGCGAAACCAUCGCAGCAUUGCGAAGCCUUCGCAAAAACACAUAUUUCAUUGUAAAAAUACUAAGUUUUAGUAGAUUUACUAAUUUUUCCUUAAAAUUGCACACUUUUAAGGUAAAACGCCCAAUUUUUUUUUUUUUUGCGAUUAAGUGAAAUUACCCCUUUCAUUUUAAAAUACACAAGCCCUUGUCAAUUACGAAUCCAAUUAGUGUAAUGAUUGAUAAUGUUCCUAAACAAUUAAGUCAGGCCAAAAAACCAGAUUAACACUUUGUUGCCAUAAUUGUCCAUCAACAUGUAAAAGUGAUUUUUUUAAAAACUAGUAUAUUUUAAAAAUUUGUAUUUUCUUUUUUAAAAGAUGUUGUUUGUGAAUGAAGGUGUUUACAUGUUUAUUAACACAAUAAUCUCCUAACUCAUUUUUUAAUUGUAAACUUACGUUACAUGUGAGUAAUGUUUAAUGUAAACUAUUUCUGCCUGCCAUUCUGCUGAUCCUUUUUUGCAUUAAUAAGCACAACACCCGGUUAACUUGAAUCAUAUUUUUUUUAUAUUUUUAAAAACAUUAAGAUUUUUUUGAAAACAAACAAAAUCAUUAAAAUGUUUCCAAUUCCUCCAGACAAAUUAAAACCCCAUGCAGGUGUUGUCGCAUUCUGGCAAUAAUGCCUCCAAAACUUGUAGGAUCUCCAACUGCAACAUCUGAAAUUAAGAAGCAACAGAAACAUUAAUAACUGAAUUACAUUACUUAUUAUCCAAGAAAGGCACAAAGCACACUUAAAUGCAGGCAUGUCAAAACUGCUGGCCUCCAGCUGUUGUGAAACUACAUCUACCAGCAUGCCUUUUCCCAGUUUUGUGGUCAGAGAAUGCAAAAUCUGUCAGGGCAUGCUGGGAUGUGUAUUUUUUCUACAGCAUGAGGGCCGCAGUUUGGACAGGCCUGCUUUAAUGCCUAAGUGACUACAUCAUGGCUGCUUUAAGGCUAAAUCAGUAGCAUAAUACACAAUCCUGCUCAGCAAUGUUUUUUUUUUUUUAACUAGAAAGUGAACCACACCAUGUUGUCCAUUUUCUACUACGGGAGUUCAAUUUAAGAUGGGAAGUAGACCAUAGCAAACAAACAAAUUAAACAUGUUAUCUUGUAAAAGUGGGCAUAACAAUUUAAUUUAUAAUAUUAUUGCUUGCUAUGGUCAACAUCCCAUGUUAAAGCUAACUACCAUCUUAGUAAAUGUAACACCAUGUUGCCAUUCAUUCACAUCUGGACUGAAGAGAAUUAAAUUUAAGGAGGUUUGGUCCUGCAUGAUCACACUGCAUAUCAACAUCUUCAGAAGGACUACAUAUCCUAGCAUGCCCACAAUCCAUGUAAAUCCAGUUUCCAAAAUAAGGAAAAACAGGUUUAAUUUUUACAAAUUAGCAUUUUGUGAGUGUAACUUUAACACCACAAAUCAUUGUGUUGUUCUGCUUGCUAACAAAGUGAAGCAUGUGUUUUGAAAGUGAAAACAUUAUGAAUAGAGAGGCACAAGUGUUAAAGACUAACAACAUACUAAACUGCACUCGGCUAUAAAUGUUUUUGUGAAAAAUAAACACAUAUUAAACUAUGUAGUCCUGGCAACCCUGUCAAACUAAUUAGUGUCGACCUAGAGUGGACACACAACACAUUGCACACAUAAACACUACAUAUAAUGAUACUCUAAAAAAUAUCAAUGCAACAUGCACACCAUCAAUAAUUAAUGAAAAUGUGUACCUUGCUAGCUGAUUUAAAACAGUACAACAGUGCAUGUUUGUACAUUGUAAGUGUAAGUAGGUCAUAUUUUGAACUGAAAUGUAAAAACACUUACUUUCCUCAGCAACAUUAGGGUCACCACUGACCCCAUCAGGGGCUUCUUCUGCCCAUUCUGUGGGUGGUGAAGGCAGCUGGAUGGGGGAAGGAGGAGGGAUUGGUGAAGGAGGAGGGAU